AUGUCACAUACCGCCUUCUUCUACGGCACCUUGAUGGCGCCGCCCGUCCUCCACCGCGUGAUAUGGGGCUCACAAACCCCUCCUACACAAGCACAUGCCUCGCUCCUCCACAUACGCCCAGCUAUCCUCCACGCACACCGACGACACAAAGUAAAGCAAGCAGACUACCCAGCCAUCCUCCCUGUCGAUACCUCCUCAUCUGUGCGCGGAACACUUGUAAAGGGCCUUACAGACGGCGACAUCUGGCGACUAGAUAUCUUCGAAGGCUCAGAAUACCAGCGUCGGAAAGUAAAAGUCAAGGUCCUGCAACCAAAAGAUGACGGCACCAGUACGGAAGAAGGCAUGGGCGACCUAUCACAAAAAGAAGAAGAUAAUGUAGAAGGCGAAGAGGUCGAAGCGGAAACAUACAUCUGGGCAGCGGGCGCGCACAGACUUGAGGCCGAGGAAUGGGACUUUGCAGAGUUCGUCAGGGAUAAGAUGAAGCGCUGGGUGGGUAGAGAAGCAGCUGAGACCGAUGAAGGGUUCCAGGAAGUCGAUGAUGCAGUUGCAGCGCUCGAUGACCCUACAGGCGGACGCGGCGCGAACGGAACUAUUUCACGGCAACUGAACGGAGGAGGUAAGAAGGAGGACAAGAUUCUCGAAAGUGCAGUAUAA